AUGGAUAGUCCAACCCUCCAACGAUACCCCUCACUAGGAAAGAAUAGCUUCACUGGGAUCAUCCCACCAUCACUUGGGAACCUCUCAUCGCUGCGGAGAUUAUACCUCAAUGAAAACCAGCUGAGUGGUCCAAUCCCUGAGAGCCUUGGCAGGCUUGGUAAGCUUGAGGCUCUAGCACUGCAAGUAAACCACCUAUCAGGAAACCUUCCAACAAUGCUCUUCAACAUUUCAUCCCUCAUCCUCGUUGGUCUCCAAAUGAACCAACUGCAUGGCACACUGCCCUCCAAUUUGGGCAAUGGCCUGCCACACAUCCGAUACCUUAUCCUUGCUCUGAACCAUUUCACGGGAAGAAUUCCAGCUUCAAUUGCAAAUGCAACUACAAUCCAAUCCAUGGACCUCUCUGGUAACAACAUCACCGGAGUCGUGCCUCCAGAGAUUGGAACACUCUGCCCAAAAUACCUUAUGCUUAAUGGAAACCAGCUGGAGGCAACCACUGUUCAAGACUGGGGGUUCAUCACUUCCCUGACAAAUUGCACAAGCCUUCGUUGGGUCACAUUGCAAAACAACAAGUUUAGUGGUGGGUUUCCGCGCUCUCUCGCAAACCUAUCAGGGCAACUUGAAGCCCUAGACAUCAGAUACAAUGGGAUAUCGGGCAAGAUACAAAUUGGCAUUGGCAACUUUCCCAAACUAUUCAAGCUAGGGCUAUCUGGCAAUCAGUUAACAGGCCCCAUACCGGACAGCAUAGGAAGACUGAACAUGCUCCAGUUCUUGACACUAGAGAAUAAUCAACUCUCUGGGAAGAUGCCGCCCUCGCUCGGGAACUUAACACAAUUGCAGCACCUUUCAGUAGAUAACAAUAUGUUGGAGGGACCUCUUCCAAUGAACAUUGGAAAUUUACAACGACUUGUCAGCGCAACCUUUUCGAACAAUGCGCUUUCAGGUCCAUUACCAGGAGAGAUCUUUAGCCUGUCGUCCUUGUCAUACGUUCUGGACUUAUCGAGGAAUCAUUUUAGUAGUUCCCUUCCAUCCCAGGUUGGUGGUCUUACAGAGCUCACAUACUUGUACAUCCAUGAGAACAACUUGUCUGGGCUGCUGCCAGACGCUCUCAGCAAAUGCCAGAGCUUGAUGGAGCUCCGUUUGGAUAAUAACUACUUCAACGGUAUGAUUCCUUUGUCCAGACUGAGUAUUGCUUUUGAUGUUGCCGCCGCUCUAGACUAUCUGCACAACAACUGCCAGCCAACAAUAGUUCACUGUGACUUGAAGCCCAGCAAUAUUCUUCUUGGAGAGGAUAUGGUUGCUCAUGUUGGGGACUUUGGCCUUGCAAAGAUACUCAUAGAUCCAGAAGGGGAGCAAUUGAUCCAUUCAAAGAGUUCCGUAGUGGGAACAAUCGGAUAUGUCGCUGCAGAAUACGGUGAAGGUGGUCAAAUAUCUACAAGUGGGGAUGUGUAUAGCUUCGGUAUUGUCCUCCUUGAGAUGUUUACAGGGAAGACGCCUACACAUGGUAUGUUUACAGAUGGAUUGACCUUGCUCGAGUAUGCAAAGAUGGCAUAUCCAGAACAACUAAUGGAGAUUGUUGAUCCCCUUCUGCUAUCAGUUGAGAAGACACGGCGAGAUAUUAAUAGUUACAUGUACUCUGUCACAAGACUUGCCCUAGCAUGCUGCAGGAAAAGACCAACUGACAGACUGUCCAUGAGAGAUGUCAUUUCUGAGAUGAACAAGAUAAGGGCUUGA